ACGUGACCUACAUCUCCAUCUUCAGAUUCGUGAGACAUCUGGUCCGUAGUAACUCUCAAUAAUAUUUUUCGUAACUUUUAGUUUACAAGAGAUUUUCAAGCAAUAUUGAAGCCAAAAUGAGUCUUGCUUCAAGAAAUAUUAACAUUGAAGAGCCACGCUGGGAUCAGUCUACUUACUGGGGCCGAGCUAAGCACUUUUUUACUGUUACCAACCCCUUGAAUUUACUGUGCACAUCAUCACAGUUAGAAAGUGCCAGGGAAAUUGUGACCAAAUACCGGAAAGGAAUUGAUAUAUCAAAUUUAACAGAAGACGAGCUUUGGCAUGCCAAACAUGUGUACGACUCCGCCUUCCAUCCAGAUACUGGCGAGAAGAUGGUUCUGAUUGGUAGAAUGUCAGCUCAGGUGCCAAUGAACAUGUCAAUUACUGGAUGCAUGCUAGCCUUUUACAAAACAACACCUCAAGUUGUCUUUUGGCAGUGGAUUAACCAGUCUUUCAAUGCAGUAGUUAACUACACCAACCGUAGUGGAGAUUCUCCAAUCUCCUUGUCCCAGUUGAGCCUGUCCUACGUUUUUGCCACUUCUGGGGCUCUUGCCACUGCCUUGAGUUUGAACAGUCUUGUGAAGAAAGCUUCUCCCUUGAUCGGCCGAUUUGUUCCAUUCUGUGCUGUAGCCGCUGCUAACUGUGUAAACAUACCAAUGAUGAGGCAAAGAGAGCUUCGUCAUGGUAUUCCUGUUUUUGACAAUAAUGGCAACAAACUGGGAGACUCUAAGAUAGCAGCAAAGUGGGCCAUAUCUCAGGUCGUCUUUUCCCGUAUUCUAAUGGCAGCUCCAGGGAUGACAAUUCCACCUUUUAUCAUGGAUUACCUUGAAAAAAGAGGAACUCUCCAGAGACUGCCGUGGAUUAAUGCACCUCUUCAAGUUGGACUAUGUGGGAUGUUCCUAGUAUUUGCAACACCACUCUGCUGUGCUCUAUUUCCACAAAAAAGGUAAGUAGAUGUUAUAGUUUGCCUCGAAGAA